CCACCUCCCCUCCCCGCGCGCGGCUCCGGGUUCCCCGCUCCGUGCCCGGCCGAUCAUCUUUCUAGCACCCUCCAGCCUUGGCCUCCAUUCGGAGGUUCUGAGGGCUGCGAUCGGGGCCGACAUGCAUCCCCGCCCGGCAAUGGGGAUCCGGGGGCUUUGGCGAGUGAGGGAUGUGGGGAGUUGGUUCCGGGUCGGGUCUUGGAGGAGGCCGUGGGGGUAGGGCGGGAGCUGCCUCAGUGGAUGCCCCCAGGGACCCUUGCCCUUCCGGGCUGUCCCUCCCUCUGACCUCUAUCUAGAGGGAGAGACUGUCCCUUGUCCGGCCUGGGUUCCCACAGAGGAAUCACAGACCCACCCUAAACUGUGGCCCCGCCUCCCUUUUCUGUGCCAGCAGGACUUGGAGCUAGGACACCUAGGUCCUGGGUCCCCUGUGAUGGGGAGGGGGGUGUUGCAGCGCAGAUACACUGUAUGGGCUGAGACUCUAGGGUUCCAUUUUCACUUUAUGAAUCUCGAGGUGCAUCUGGCCUUGGGGGACGAUGAUGGAGGCAUGAAGGGACAGCUGCUCCUUUUUGGAUCAGUCAUUGAAUGGAGGUCACACUAAUGGCCCUUCUUUCUGUUUGAGCUGCAUUUGGAAGUGUUGUGGGUACAGCCUCAUAGCCCAAUGCGACCAGACUCAGGGGAAACAUCAGGCCCCUCCAGCUGAGCCCUUGUGUGAGCCCCGCCCCUCCCUAAAUGCCAGACUUGGGAGCUGACAGACAGCCCUGCCUGUGCUGGGUUUAAAAGUCCUGGUCAGCUGAGUGGAAAUAGAAGGAUUUCUGCUGCCAUCAUCUUCCAUGGGCUUCCCAGCUCACACGACCUACAAGUAGGGAGCAGGGAAAAAAGAGUGAGCCUGCAUGCCAAUUCUAAGCUCUUCAGGAUCAAAAAUGGCAGCCUGUGGAGGCACCUGCAAGAACAAAGUGACUGUCUCCAAGCCUGUGUGGGACUUCCUGAGCAAAGAGACCCCAGCCCGGCUGGCCCGGCUUCGGGAGGAGCAUCGUGUGUCCAUCCUCAUAGAUGGCGAGACUUCUGACAUCUAUGUUCUCCAGCUUUCCCCACAGGGCCCUCCCCCGGCCCCUCCCAAUGGGCUCUACCUAGCCCGGAAGGCUCUUAAGGGGCUGCUAAAAGAGGCAGAGAAAGAGCUGAAGAAAGCUCAGAGGCAGGGGGAGCUGAUGGGCUGCCUGGCUCUGGGGGGUGGAGGGGAGCACCCUGAGAUGCACCGCGCAGGCCCACCCCCUCUCCGAGCAGCCCCGCUUCUGCCCCCAGGGGCUCGGGGGCUCCCACCUCCUCCUCCCCCCCUGCCCCCACCUCUUCCUCCUCGCCUUCGGGAGGAGGCAGAAGAGCAGGAGAGCACCUGCCCCAUCUGUCUGGGGGAGAUCCAGAAUGCCAAGACAUUGGAGAAGUGCCGGCAUUCAUUCUGCGAGGGCUGCAUCACCCGGGCUCUGCAGGUGAAAAAGGCCUGCCCCAUGUGCGGCCGCUUCUAUGGGCAGCUGGUGGGCAACCAGCCCCAGAAUGGGCGGAUGCUGGUCUCUAAGGAUGCCACCCUCCUACUACCCAGCUAUGAGAAGUAUGGCACCAUUGUCAUCCAGUACGUCUUCCCGCCCGGUGUCCAGGGGGCUGAACACCCAAACCCAGGAGUUCGGUAUCCUGGCACCACACGGGUGGCCUACCUCCCGGACUGCCCUGAGGGCAACAAGGUGCUGACCCUGUUCCGCAAGGCGUUUGACCAGCGUCUCACCUUCACUAUCGGCACGUCCAUGACCACAGGGAGACCGAAUGUCAUCACCUGGAAUGACAUCCACCACAAGACCAGCUGCACAGGGGGACCCCAGCUGUGCGACCCCUCUUCAUUUCCUUUCCCUUGGCUCCUCCCCUUUCCUCCAUUUCCACUGAGGGACCCACCAACCCCUUGCUCUGGGAGCCUCCUGACUGGAGAGGACCACUUCCAAACUGUUCAGCCGUCUCAGUUUCUCCUACGUUCAACCUGGUCCUGGUGUGCCCAGCUUAGCCUACAAAAAUAAGCAGAAUUGGGCUAAGUUAUCUUGGGUUUGGAGGUGUCCUCCCUUAGGGGAGGUGGGGAGGUAUCUGAGUCACCUAGAAUGAGGGUGAGCAUGGGGAUAAUAGCAAGUUCCAACAGCUAACAACCCUCACCCUCAUUUCUCUUUGCUCCCAGGUUUGGGUACCCAGACCCUACCUACCUGACCCGGGUGCAAGAGGAGCUGAGAGCGAAGGGUAUCACAGAUGACUGAAGGACAUCGCCUUUGCCAAGGCCCCUGCUGUCCACCUCUACUAGGACCCAGCAGAAGCCUCUU